GGUGCCGGCCCUGUAGGUGUUUGCUGAGCGCUGCCGUGUGCCCGACACAGUGCCAGGCCCACGGGCUGCAAGACACGGCCUUGGCCUCAGGAUAAAACUCUUUUUCUAUAAACAAAGAACUUUCCAGCCUGUGAGGUGAACCGAGAGUGAACCCCCAGGCAAGAAAACCGGGGCCUUGUCAAUUAUACCCCCUCUACAACCUGACCUUUUCAAACGCUACCCUUUUUUUUUUUUAUCCUUUGAAGUCAGGGGUGUCUUAGGAGAAAUUUGGUUCUGUGGCAAUCCAGUAGGACAUCCCCUUUUGUAGCUUGCUUUCUGCCUGGGUGGCCACAGGUACCCGCUGUAUUAUAGAAGUCCGUGCUUCCCAAGAAAGAGAAGUUCACUUUUGAUGGAAGAAAUCUGCAUCCUAGAGGUGGCCUUCCAACCUGGCAAUGAAUGGAAUAAAACUUGAUGUUUUUGCAAAUCACAAUAAGUUUUAGAUAAUAUCAAGACAGCAGGGGAAAAAAAAGGCAGUAAUCAUGAACACCAAAGAUUUUGUAGUUCUUCCAUGGGGGAAACCUGGAAAUUCCGUAAAACUAAAAUACAAAAAUGCUCAGGAACUGAGGAUGGAGAAGAUACAGUUAGAGUUGGAGAACCAACAAAUGGAAAAGAAACUACAGGAAUUCCAAUCAAUUUGGAGCAGAGAAAAGGAAGAAAGAGGGUCAAGUGGAUAUCACUGGAAAUCUGGGCAAGUGGGAAAAUUGAGUAAUCAAUCACACAUAAUGUCACAAAGUAAAGGAAAUAUUAUUAAGCUUUCUGCUGGAAAAGUGAAAUUAAAAUUACUAAAGGAGCAACUUCAAGAGCCAGUGAAACAACCACUUAAUCAUAAAAUGGCCAGUUCUUCUGAAAGUGAAAAAUCCAAGAUAAAAGGGAAGGUUUGUGGACAGUGUGAGAACAAAGCUGCUGUGCUGGUAUGCCUUGAGUGUGGCGAAGAUUAUUGCUCAGGUUGCUUUGCUAAAAUUCACCAGAAGGGGGCACUGAAGCUCCAUAGAACAACUCUUUUGCAGGCAAAAUCUCAAAUAUUAUCCAAUGUAUUGGAUGUUGCCCAUCGGUUUAUCAAGGAUAUUAAUCCAGAUGAACAGAAAGGGGAGAAUAAUUCUGUAAAAGAGAUUAGUAAAAGUCAGCAUAAACCCAGAUCUCUUCCUCUGCAGGGGAGCAAUUCUGAGGUAGACGUUCCAACCACAAAAAGAGCAGAAUGUUCAAAUCCAAGAGAUAGGCUCUUGUGUGAAGGGUCAUUUGAUGAAGAGGCUUCUUCCCAGUCCUUUCAGGAAGCUUUAAAUCAAUGGAGAACUGGACACCAUGAUAACAACGAGAGUCAGAACUUCCGUGCGGCAAAAGCAGACUCAUCGGGAGAAUGUGAAGUACAAACUAAUCUGAAAAUUUGGAGAGAACCACUCAAUAUUGAAUUUAAAGAAGACAGUCUUUCGUAUAUGGAAAAAUUAUGGCUUAAAAAACACAGAAGAACUCCACAGGAGCAACUUCGAAACAUGCUGCCAGAUGCAUUCAUACCUCAAUGUAACACUGCUGGUGAGGCACAGUGUUCCCAGAAUGAAAGUGAUGAAGACAGUGAUGUUGAGGAGACCAAACAAUACCCAGCACUUUUUCUGCCAGUAGAAGAAUUUAACAUAGAGAGACCCGAGCCAUCUCUAAAUAUAGUUGAACUGGAUGAUACUUAUGAAGAAGAAUUUGAAGAACCAGGAAACACAGUGCCCUACAAAGUUGAGUUAGCAGAUGUAGACAGUCAACAAAGUUGCACGUUUCAUAAUUAUCAGAAUACUUUUCUAUAUGAAAAUGACAUUCAUCAACAUCAUGUUUUCACCAAGGGAAAAGCAGACCUCUUACAUCUUCAUCUGAACAACAGCUCUUCCUCCUGUAAAAAUAACUCAAAAGCAGUAACUUCAGAUACAAAAUUUGACACCAUUGUGGAUCCUGAUGUUUAUUCUCCUGCCACUGAAAAGUUAGGGGAAAGCAGCUUUUUUGAAAGAAAUUUCAAGGAGAAAACUAUAGAUAUGGAAAGUUAUCAAAAGUCUGAUGAUUCCUGCAUAUCACUUGAGAGCAAGGAUUCUUUGCCAAGUAUAGGUUUAGAAAAACCUUCCAUUAAGGAGCAAUUAUCUCAGGACAUCAAAGAAUCCUUGGAAUUUAGUAAUCUGCAUGAGAGGCCAAACCCUGAAGAUUCUAAAACUACAGAGUCACCACUGUUGUUACGAGAAAUAGCCCUCAGAAGUAAGCCUAUAACUGAACAAUAUCAAGGACUUGAAAGAUUCUUUGUUUUUGAUAAAAAUGAGAGACUCAACUUACUUCCUUCUCAUAGCUUAGAAUGCAGCUAUUCCAGUACUAGGAUUACAACUGCAGGAGACCGAGAGUGGAUGCCAGGCCACAGCAUAAGUGCCUCGGCUGAUCACGCAGUUGUCUUGGGUGUUGUGCAGACUGCCCAGAACCUGUCCACAAGCAGAACACAGCGAAAGAGGGGGGAGAUAUCACAGAGACCUUCAACAGCACAUAUACCCCUUUCCAACUCUGUGAAAAAAAGCUCCGGUUGCCUCUUCUCCCAUCCUCGAUCAAGAAGUGCAGCUGUUCGAUCGUUAUCUAGAGCUGCUUCUGAAAUUUCAGAAAUUGAAUACAUUGAUAUUACUGACCACACUGAGCCUUUCUUAGAUGACACUGCUGAUCAGCAAACCUUAGACAAUUUGGAAAAAGAAUUAAAUAUGCUGGGAAAUCUUGCAGCAGGGGAAUGUCUGCUUGCUCAAAAACUUCAAGUAGGGGCGCCUGGGUGGCUCAGUCGGUUAAGCGUCCGACUUCAGCUCAGGUCACGAUCUCAAGAUCCUUCAGAAAAACUUUACAGUCUAACCUCAGAAGAGUUACCAGCCUUCAACAACCACUUGCUGGACAUAAGUCAGACUACCCGAGAUUUCCUUAAGAGCUCAAGUGCCGGAAGCCUCUGUGGAGUUGAGGAACAGAGCUCUUCUGAAAAAGAUACUGAAAUUCAGUCUUUGCUGACACUUUCUGAAAGCAGCACGGAGGAGGAGGAGGAGGAAGAGGAUUUUCUUGACCGGCAACACGUCAUCACACUCCCAUAAUCAAAGAGUGCCUAAUGAUAAUGAUCAUUUGUUCAUUACGUUUUCCAUUUGGUACCCAGAGUAAAGCAAACAGCUGAAAAAAGUGACCAAGUGAUUACUUGUCCCCGGUGCUAGAGAUUUGAUUGUUAACGUUUCUGAUAUUUCAAGAUUGGCAGACUAAUAAAAAUCAGUGAAAUUGACAUCUUCAUUCCUCUGAUGAAGAAGAAAAUUGCUCCCUAGGUGCAAUUUAUAAAAGUCCAGUGUUUUUCUCAACGUGGAAGGAGGUGUUGUCUUAUUCUCAUUAAGGAAGAAGGACCAGGAUUCCUUCUGUCUUGAGUCUUGGCUUGAGUCUUUUAUGAACUAGCUCAGAAAGAGAUUUUAUAAGAUACUGUUACCUUUUACAAUGUAAAAAUUUUUAAAUAAAAAUAAAUCUGAGAA